AUGGCAUUAUUAAUAACAAAUAUUAAAACAGUAGACGUUACUAAAAUUUGUAGAAUAUGUUUAUUACAUUGUGAUGUAACACCUUUAAGCGAUAACCAUUACGAUAUUUUAAUAAUACUGCAAUCAUGCUAUAAAAUACAGGAAGAUGUUUCAUACUCCUACAACAUUUGCCAGAUUUGCUUGGAUGAGUUGAAAUUGGUAAAUUUGUUCAUCAAGAAGUUGAGACGGAGUGCAAAACUAUUUAAAGAGAUAUACCAGCAGAAUCACUAUCAAGCAGUACACCGAGAAAGUGAGAAUUUAGAGCAUAAAAAUAAUUUGGCUUUCAAGAAUGAGCAAGAGAAUAUUUUAUUAGAAGGUAAUAAAAAUCAGAUUGAAAUAAUAAUAGAACAGAACUUAAAUGGUCACGAAUACCAGCCUGAUAACGAUUUAAAUGAGGUUUUGAUAGAAGAUAAAACUGACUGCAAUAGAACUGAUCAACACUUACAGGAAACUGAACAUCAAGGACAAACUUCCAGUUGUAAUAAAUUAUCAUCCCAAUAUUUGAAUGAUGAAUCGUCAGAGAUAUCAUAUAUAAAUUGCAAUCGCUCCCAUACUUUUGAGACUGAAACAGUGACAGAUGAUGCUCAUUUGUUAUCUAUGGAACAUAGCAGUAUAUGUAGCAAAAAUGACAAACGUUAUGUAUGUAAAAUAUGUAAUAAAUCAUUUUCUAUUAAAUCUAACUUAAGACGACACAAGAAUGUAGUUCAUGAAAAAUCUAAACGGUUUUUGUGCGGUAUUUGUGGGGAACAAUUUACAGUGAAAAACUCUCUAAAACACCAUCUUUACAUCCAUACAAACACAAAACCAUAUGUGUGCAGUAUUUGUCAUAAGUCAUUUAGGCAACCAAAUGCUCUGUUAAGACAUAAAAAAACUAAGCAUGUCAAAGAAAAAAAAUUUGAAUGUAAUAUUUGCAGUAAAAAGUUGAAACAUGAAUCUACUUUAAGGAAGCAUGAAUUAACACAUCUUGCAGAAACAAGUUGA